AUGGACCACGACCAAGCUCAGUACGAGAAGCUGGUCGCUUCUGGCAAUGUUAUCGCGGCCUUCAAGACGCAGUUCAACUAUGUGAAGGAGACGGCAAAGAGGGAGAACCCAGUCGACUACAAAAAGCUUUCCUUGGUCGUAAAUAACCUAAUGGAACUCUUUCCCAUAAUUUCUGUAAAUUCGAGUUCCAUAAUGGCAACCAUCAAGGCUCGCUUACAGGGCUUUCUGUGGGAUCUUUACAGCACAGCGGCUCACAGAACUUUGAUGAUGACGCGGGAUGAUGAGCUUUGGAUUGACGGGCGAAAAGCGUGGCUGAAGCUCGAGCGUUGGAGACAAUCGAAUCAGGACAGUCGGUUUUUGCGCGUGUUCUUCCACACCUGGUGGUUGGCGACUCACCAACAGUGUCGCCGGCUCUACAACGACUUCCGCGAAGACAUUAUCCAACAAUCAAGCGUCCCUGGGCUCGGCCUCCGUCUCAUCAACGAAUUCUUACAGUUCAUCGACGAGAAAUUCAAAGUGCCAGCGCUCGACAAAAAGAUGAUGGACCUCGACGACAGAAAACACCUCGGACCGCCGAUCGGAGAAACUUUCAAAGAAUUGACAGCGUUCGUGAGCGCAUUCAAGCAGGACAUCUUCGAGCGUUUUCCAAGUGGCAAGAACUGGAGAAAGCACGAGUUCGUCUGCAUGGCUCGACUGAUGAAAUAUCUGAGCAAAUAUCUCACUCCGAAGUUCAUCACGCCUUCUAGCGGGAUCUUUGAAAACGACAUCCAGGAGAUCAUCUACGGCUUCGCGCAAAUCUGUCACAAUAUCUGUGAAAACCUCGUCACCCUGCCCGAAAAAGACUCGAAUGUGCUCCUUGCUCUCGAGACUGUUCUUAUUCCGCUCAACGAAUCGAUAGGCAACAUGGCAGAAGCUUUAAGUAAAUUCACAGGUUCUAACUUCAAACACCAUCACAAAUAUGCUGCCUUCUCUGUCUACAGCUUUUGUCGAGUACUCCAGACGAUUGCUAAACGAAACGAUCUUGAUAAAACGAAGCAGCGCGAGAUCGUCGAGACCGGGCUCAAAAAUCUUGGAGGUUCCUUCAAGUACGUCUACUCGAUUUCCAAACACGAUGACAACUUCACAAAUCUGGAGCAUUGGAAUCUCAUCGAACUGACAAUCAACGAGCUUGCCAUUACUUGCGAAACAAACAAUCUUUGCAGCCGGAAAAACUCGAACAGCAUGACAAUCUUCAGAGAGAUGGAAAUCGAUCUUCGUAAAAACCGUCAACCCUCAAAAAUGGACAUCGUCUACAUGAAGGCAUUUCUCAAUCAACUUUUUUCUCAGCCUUAUAAACGAUGUGGUUUUUCCGAGAAUUCGCUCUUCGAUAUGUUCGGAGUAGUGAAAAAAUCACGCGCCCGAUUCUUGAGCAUAUUAAUCAGCACGCUGAGCGAGUAUGGCGUCCCCGACAAAACUGAGCCCGUUGUGCUAAUUGUUGACACCCUUGUUGAGUUCGGAGACGUCGAAAAACUUCCAGAAAAAGAUCAAGACCUACUCAAACUCGUCAUUGCUCAGCUGCGAGAAUUCUUCCCGAAGGAGACGAAAAAACUUGCGUCGAUAAUAAAAAAUGAGGAUGACGAACUCAUCACUGUCUGGAAGAUGCUGUCCGUUUGGCAACGCGAUCUUCAAGUCGCGUGGAGCGAGAAAAUGGCAAAAGCCACUUCGAAGCCCCCGACACUCGACGUUGAAAAAUUAUCCAAGAUCAAAGUCAAAACUCAAUUCAAGAAGACUUCUUCUGAGAUGCAGGUAUGCAACUAUGUCAACACGGUCUACAUUGCGGCGCAACUUCUUUUGAUUCUUGGAAAACGAGAAGCUGGGAAUAGGGUCCUGAAAGACUUGCUUACAGCCCUCGUCGACUGGUAUUUUCAGAAGACUAAAAUUAUCGCUUCUGUGAGUGAGCUUCUCGGUGAUCUUGUAAUGGACUUGGGAUCGUCACUUUGGGUUGCGCGGCGGCAUUCUUAUUUCUCUACUCAGCCCGAAUACGACGAGGAUAUUCAUUGGACCCUGAAACGAGCGAAUGCUUGCGAGUUGACCUCGAAAGAUAAGAAACAUCUUGCUUUUGGUUAUAUGAUGUUCCAGGACGGUAUCCCAGAGACAAAAAAGAGCUACAUUGGUUGGAUAGAUGAGGCUAUCACCCGAAUCAUGUUACAAACCUCUCUCUCUGGAUCUUCCGGCUGGUCAGAUUAUCAUGACAAGGCCUUUGGUCAUGUGGGCUCGAUGAUAACUGCGAAUCAAACAAGCGGCCUUCGUUACGCUCUUCAACUCAUCAUCACUUUCCUGUCGAGGGCAUGCGAUCGGCAAUUCUACAAAACGAUCUUCGUUACUUCGGGGAAGGCCGAGGGUUCAAUGAAAGUCCAGAAAAUUGGAAGAGAAAUGAUUGCGACCCUGCGUGCGCUUGAGAAAACCAUCUGGAUAAGUGUCGACUUCAUCGAUGAUCUCAUCAAACGAGGCAUGUCGACCGAGGCGAGAAUGUUUUCCAACGAGCUGCUUGUUUUAUCCGAUAUUUGGGGAUUGCAGACUGUCAACAUAAUGGCAAAGACACUCCAAAUACGAGCACUGGAGCUUGAAGGUCAAACGAGCAAGUGGGAAGAGGAAAUUCCAGCGCUUUUAAAAGUCUUCGAUAUCAACGAGGACAACCCAUUUAUGCGCGACGUCAAUCCUCAAGCAAAAGCACAGGCGAACUCACUUAACUCGCAAAUGGCAGAGAAAAUAAUGAAGAAAACGGAAACAACAGAAGCCUUCACAUUUCAACUUCCAGUUCUUCCUAAGAUUGGCAAGCUUGAUCUCGAUGUUGCGCGGAACUAUGUUAUUGCACUUACAACUUUUUUCCGUGUUCAUCCAGAUCCUACUCGAGCUGUCAACGCUGGCCUGUUCCUUUUUAAAGAGAUCGCUAUCGCUGGUCAUCAACUACCGCAGCUGCUCCUGGAGCUUGCAUACGUCAUCGUUCUUCGCGCGACGGAACUCGAUAGACCAUCUGACGCUGUCGAGCACGUCAAAAUUGCUCUCGAGCCUGUCCGAAACUCCGAGAAAGUCAAUCCAAAGAAGUGCGGCCGAUUCGCGAAAUUGCAAGUGGCAAUCGUCAUUUACAAUAGAACCUUCGACGCAAACAAAGAAAAUCUUGAGCUAACCGCCCCGUUUCAAGAAAUGGCCAACACCAGCAAUGUGAAGAUGCCCGCCCGACGGGGUAGAGUGAAAACAACUAGCGAUCAAACUCCAGCGAUUACUCCGAUGAAACCGGUCAAUGUGAAGCUACAGAAAAGGAAGAAAGACAUGCUUCGAAUAUUCAAUGACGACGCGGCGAUUUCAUUGGCAACUCCAAAGAGGGCAAAAAUCAAGAAUGAAAUCAAAGACGCUGACUAUACGCCUCGAACUCCCGUUUCGGCCACUCGAACAACUCGGAUUACGAGAGCUACAGCUCGUCGAAUGAAAAUAGAAGCCGUUGAUGGAGAUCAAGCCGGGGACACAAUUUUUGAAGAUCCUGAGGAAGAAGCGAGAGUCGUACCGAUGGGUGAUAUUCCAGAUCUGUCUCCCAUCAAAACGAGCCAAAAAGAUAAGACGGAGGGUGUUCGUCUCCAGAAUUUCAGUUCACGACCAGUCUCUCCAAUCGAGUCUGAGAUCAACACGAUCUUCAGUACUCAUACUGGAGCAGGCGAUCCGCCUAAGCAUAUUUCAGAAGAGGCAGUCCUGGAUGAAGCUCUCGCGACCGCCAAGAAAAACAGCGACAUGGAAACCAUCAGAGCGAUUUACAAUCUACGCAUAGGGCAGAUUCUUCGCCAGGAACAAGUGUCCCAGCAAAGCACGAUGGUCUUGAGCAAUUCUUCGAAGCUCGCCGCGCUUCACACUGAUGUCAACGGCAUUGGAGCAGUUCUUGAGGCGCAGUACUACGCUCAUGCUCGCAUGUCCAACAAUGUCAGCUUUGUUCCGGAAGAGAACUGGAUACAAGCCAAAGACAUGGCCGAUAAUAUAAGUAUUGAGUUUCCUUUCCUGCGACAGGAACUGAAGGACACCGUCGUCUUGGUGAGUUUGAUUCCAGCUCUUUCGAAGACAUUAUCCUGCACAUACGAAAAUUGCCUCGCACUUAUCACUCGUUUGGAGCCCAACGGGAAAUGUAUUUCGAUCGGAUUUGAUGGUCAUGCAUUUGCCAAGGAGGCUGUGCAAAUGCGCGACAUGUGUCACAAGAUUUCUGAAGAGAUUGGCAAAGAUGUCAAAAACCCUACCAAAUGGUGGAAGGUGCGCGAGAAACGAGAAAAGUACUGUAAGGAUUUAGUGCUGUCCAUUCUCCCAGAUGUUCUUGGUCCAGCUCUUGCUCUAUUCACAUUCUCUGAAAGCAUUACUUGGACCGAUGCAGUUCCCAAGCCCAAAAACUCACUUCACGCCGACUUUUUGAGCCAUGCGAUUCGGGCUUGGUCUCAUAUGAACACUCUUGGCAGGACGAAUGUCGCUGAACUCGUUGGAGUGAAUAAACUGGAUCUCGACCAUCUCGCAAAGAACCACGUCUUUGCAGAGUUGGAUUAUCAGCGGACAACCGCUACAUAUCUCAUCCUUGGACGAGUGGUUCAAUCGAUCGCCAUGGAAAGGAUGCCUAUUUGUCAGGGAAUUCUAAUGUCUAGGAUGCUUUCUGUGAGGCACGCGGAGUACAUCCUUCGACAACCGGCGAGCAAACGGUCAGUAGACAUCUCAAAUCUACUCUACGUCGUAGACAACCACGUCAACCUAGCGACUUCGGCCACUACAGUUGGAAACUUCUUCAAGAGCGUUCAGCAAUGGGAUGGCUACGUUUCCAUCAUUCCGAAUUCAAGGGAGUUGAUUGAGAAACUCAAUAAAUUCGACCUCUACGUCUUUGCUGGGCAUGGAAGCGGCUCCGACUUCGUUGGCGGCUGGGGAGGUGUGGCCAGAAAAGGUGUAACAAGCACCAUGCAUCUUAUCGGCUGUGCUUCCGGCAGACUUCUCGAUUAUGGUCGAACUGAGCCGAGGGGUGCAGUGACAUGUGUCUUGAACUCUGGCUCUUCAUCAGUAAUGGGCAUGCUCUGGGACGUUACUGAUAGAGACAUCGACCGAUUUACGUUACGCUUGUACAAAGACUGGUUCUCCGCGGCGAGCAACUCGUCUAAAGAAACAGGACCGUGCCUCUCCCGAUUCAUCAACGAGUGCUCACGAGCUUGCAAGCUGCCAUAUGUCGUCGCCGGUGCAACUGUCAACUACGGGCUAAUCCCUGUCUGCCACAAUAUCCCUCAGGGUUGGGAAAAGGGAUUGCCUGAACAAAUCGACUACAAAAAGUAA